AGGUGGAGCCUCACCAGGCAACAGGAGCUACUGAUAGGUGAAGAAGGAGGUGAAGCCUUGAAGCCUGGGAUUGAUGGUCAGAAAAGAUUGACAGAUGAAAGUGGGAAUGAAGAAGAGACAUCUGGCACUGAUGUCUCUCAUGAAUCAGCAUCAGCUGAGACUUAGCACUGAGACAGAGAUGGCACUGG